AUGUUUUCCAGACGUCAGAAUCGAAGUGUACAUGGCACCUCGUACACUGGGGUUAAUCCUGCGGCAUCAGGGUCGAAUCAACCCAACAACAAUGCAUUGGCAGCUGCAUUGAGUAUUGGAAAGUCACUCAAGCAACAGGGGGCUCCUGGGGUACAUGCUACAAGUGGAACAUCCAACCAAUACUUGUCGAAGCCGCCACAGAAGCGCAACAGUCUUUUGAAAAGGGAUUCUAUUACAAGAAGUCCUAACAGUAACAGGUUCCGAAAUUUUUCAGAUGCCUCUUACAACUCUACAAACUCCCAUUCAAUGCAAACUCCACCUCAGUCUAUGCAGAGAAGGUCGUCAAUUCAAGGACAUAACUUUGAUGAUAGUUUCGAUGACUCGUAUUAUGAUGAUAUCAACCAAAAUGCCACGCAAAGCUACAACAAUGCUAAAAUGAGAGACUUAAGAUUGUCACAUCAGUUGUCUCCGCCCCCAUCGCGCAAUGGACAAGUCCAUCAAGACAAUAGUACUGUCAAAAUGGUCAAGAAGUAUAUACCAACUCCAAACGGUAUUAAAAUCAUUGAAGUCCCAGAAACUGUCUACCAAAAGGAGGUUGCCAGAAAUAACUCAAUGAGGUCUUUGCCUAGAUCGGGCUCUAUGACAUCUUUGUCUCAAAAGAGAAUCCCCAGAUCACCCUCCUUAAGUUCGGUAUCAGGUGCCACUAGAAAGACCUCGCAUCAAAGACUAUCGAGCUUCGGUAGAAGUCCUGUUUUGGGAACAAUGGCUGAAAACGAAGAACUUCAAUCGAGAAGAAGACAUAACGAGGAUUCGGAAUUGCAAAGAUUGCAAGAGCAAAUAGAUCAUGAAAAGCAGGUUUCGAAAGAUUUAGAAUUAAAGCGGUUAGAAUACGAAAAAGUUAAAUUGGAAAGAUUAGAAAACGAAAAGAAGAUCUUGCUCUUAAAGAAAGAGGCUGCAAAUAAUAAGGACAUUGAUGUGUCAGAGGUUAUUGAUGAAGACGAUGAAGAAGAUGUGCCACUUCCAAAUAUUCUGGUCAUUGUUGAUGAGGUGGAAAACAAGCGCUUAGAACAAAAUGGAGAGCUAGUCACCAAUAAAAACGUAGCAAUUGAAAAACCAUCACUAGGUGAAAUUAAUGACAUUUCAAAGGAUGAAGACAUAAAUGCAGAAGAUGAUACCUCUAUUUAUGAAGAAGAAGCUAUUCCUGAGGCUUCUAUAGAUGCAUCAAGUGUUGUUGUGGAUGAACUAGAAAAGAAAAACAAAGAAGGCGAUGAAGCUUAUGAUAUUGGAGCAUCAGAGCAUCUUCAGAAUGGUUUCAGAAAUGACCAAGGAGCAGCAGAGCUUAAUGUCAUCAGUCAGUAUAGUGACUCUAGGGAGAUAUUGAAUCGCGAUAGUAUCAUAGAUAAUCCAAUUCCUGUUAGCACUGAUGAAGAAGACUUCGGAAUUGAGGAAGUGCCAUAUGAUAAAUCUGAAGAAGGGAACCUUGCAAAGCAUUUAAGACCAACGUUUGAUUCACAACCGGAAGUUAUCGAUUCAAGAGAUUCAGGACCAAAAUUUGAUCCAGAACCAGAGAUUAUUGGUACCAAUGGAACUAUACAACUUGGAGAGUCAAAUCAGGAUAUGGUCGAUGUUGAUGACCCUAGAGUGGAGGAAUUGGCUAUAACAACAUUGCAGAUCCCAUCAUCAUCACUUAACAAUGAUAGUUCUAGUUCUUCUGCAAAGUCAGCAGGAAGUCUUGACUCUAAUAUACAACAGAAAUCAGAAAAGAGGCCUGUUAAGUCUGCAAUGAAAAAUUCUAGCUCGUUCUAUAAUAAUUCUUCAAACAAUUCGUCCACGGUGAAGAAUGCUGCUCAAGAUGCUUACCUCUCUUUAGCCACUGCAGAAAAUACGAGAUUGAAUUCAAAAUUGUCUUCGACGCAAUUAAAUGAUGCUGGUCCUCAAUUUAACAAUGGCACCAACCAAAAUCAAUCUCAAUUAAACAAUCAAUAUCAAGAAAAUCAGCCAAAUCAAACUAAGCGAAUUUCAACAUUAAGGAAAUCACCAUCUACUCAGAGCCCAGGAUUAGCAUCAAGGACACUCAGGCCACAAUCGACGCUUCCUGAAACCCUUCCUCACAGUAGUCAGCAUCAACCUCCUGUGAACGGAAUGGGUAAUAGACAACUCAGAGAUAGAGCAUCAGCACAUAUCAAUCCUACAAGAAAUAGAGCAUCUUAUGUCAAUCAGAUAACCCCUCAUCCUGCUUUGCAACCAAAUUAUCAGUCACCCUCAAAAACGAAAGCCGCCGAGCUAUAUGCAAAGGCUAAUGCUAGACCAACCUCUUCUUUUGCUCCAACUGCGACAAAGAAAAAUUCUGAUAUAGCAGCUAAGCAACAGGCACAAAAGGCUCGCAGAACAACUUUGCGUGAUAUGUCGUCAACAAAUCAGGCCCAAAGAGUUGAAAGCCCUUUGAACAAUACACCGCAAAAUGCAAAUGAAGAUAGUUCUAAUACUGUUGAAAACCGUAGAACUUUCAAAUCAAGACUUGCUGAUUCUGAUGAGGAGGAUGGUCAUGAAGGUAAAAGUAAAUUCUUUGGUGGAGGAUUUUCUUCGAGGUUCAAUGAUUCUGAUGAAGAUCUUGGCGGGCAUUCACGAAACCAGCAUAUCGCUAGUUCAACCACUGCUAGGCAAUCUUCAAAGAAUAAUGAGCAUCCUGCGUCUAAAACUCUGCCAAUUCGUAAUAACCCUCCUAUGGAAGGAAAAUCUGACCAGGUACUGAAGUCUAAAUCGAAGGAUAAAAAGAAGUUUGCUAAAUUAAGAAAACUUUUUGGUAAAGACUAG